UUUGGCAUAGCAUCCGAAAACACCGUCUAUAAAAUGCCCAAAACUAGUGCUUUGAGUGUCACCCUGCUUCAGAUUCAGCCGCCAAGUUACUACAAAAUUUGAGUUCCAGAGUGAAGUUGUCAAGAGUCGAGCAUGUCCUGCCUCAUUCCCCUUGAUCUUUUCUACGGACAAAUGCAUAAAUUUCUGCCUGUAGGAUACAGGUUUCGCCCCACCGACGAUGAACUUGUCAAUCAUUACUUAAGAGGACAAAUCUUCCGAUACAACGCUGAUACCUGCAUUAUUCCUGUGAUCCAUGGUCUGUACAAUAUCGAUCCCUGGGAUUUACCCCUCAGGUUCAGAGCAUUCUCAAUUGUGAGGUCCAAGGAGGCGGAGUGGUGGUUCUUGACUCGUCUUUCGUUCAAGACUGAAAGUCGUAGUAAGUUUGACCGACAAACCCAGUCCGGUCAUUGGAAAACGACCGGUCAAGAGAAGAAGAUCAAUGCCAAAGGUACUAAAGAGUUGAUUGGGACUAUGAGGAAUUUAGUUUUCACGGAAAAUGAGGGUUCAAACCGCAAAGAGACGCCGCCGCCGACGGUAUGGGUCAUGCAUGAGUAUCGGCUAAAGGACUGCAAUUUUGGGACCAACUCUCUUGACCAGCAGAAUUUUGUGCUUUGCCACCUUAUAAACAGACGAGAUGAGUUCAUUGAUGAUUCAGUCUCUGCUGAAGCUGGAUCGAUGUCAUUGUUCACGAACAUGAACAAUGACAGAGCACAGAAUAACAUUCCAGAGAGGCCUUACACCCACCAAUGAACCUGAACCUCCCCUCUAAUCCUCAUCUUGUUGACAUGGGGGCCCCUCCUGACAUCGAUAUUACCAAUGACAAUCAAUCUGACUUGCUAAAAGAUUUGGUCGAUAUGAUUGAGAAG